AUGCAGUCGGUGGUCUUGUGUGUAGUGGUGCUGAAAUGCGUGGUCGCUUCUUGCGGCGCCGCGAAAGUGUCGCCGUUUACGGAUGAUGCGCGGAACCCGUUCGCGCUCAAGUCUUCGCAUUCAAGUCGUUCCGAUGGAUCUGAUUUGAUCGUUUGUUAUUUGACUGGAUCACCUGCAUUUUGGAACAAAAAUGCCGCAGGAGUCGUAGAACCGAAAGACAUUCCGGACGAUACCUGCAAUACCCUCAACCUGAUGAAUUGGCUUGGGAUUCGAGGCGACAGACUGAGUUGGUCGAAUGACUUCAACUGGCAGGUGUCCUUGAAGCAGGUCAUUCAUGAGUGGAGGGACAGGAACACGUCGUGGCCUUAUAACAAAGACGGAAGCAGGGCCAAAAGGAUCAUGGUCACUAUAGGAGACGCGGGUCAGUUGAGGAACCUUGUCAGAUCGGCAGAACUUGACCAGGGGCUGUUGAGGAGGUUUGCGGUGAAUGUGAGAACUUUUCUAGCUUGGACUGGGCUGGACGGAUUGGACAUUGACUGGGAGUAUCCGGGAUGGCAUAGACCUUGGCAGGAACGUCCGAUGUUUCUUGCCUUGCUGGCAGAGCUGAGGAAAGAGUUUGACACGGCCUUGCCGCCACUUUCUCGGCGCUUAUACAUUUCUGUAGCCGCCGCCGCGAGCCGAGGAAUCAUGGAGUCGGCAUACAUAAUGCCGGAUAUGGGGAAAUAUGUGGAUUGGAUCAAUUUGAUGGCGUAUGAUUACCACGGGUUCGUGUGGUACAUGCCCUUCACUGGCCACAAUGCCCCCCUAGAGGCUGCCAAAAAUGAGAAUGGAACUUUCUCGGAGCUGAAUGUUCAUUGGUCUGUACAGCGUUGGCUCGACUGGGGACUGCCGAAGGAAAAGCUUGUCCUGGGUAUUCCAACUUAUGGAAGAUCAUUCAGACUAGUGAGACCAGAGGUGCAUGACAUUGGUUCACCAGCCCUCGGAGGUGGGUGGACCAAUUUUACGGACGCUUGCUCCAUCCUGAACUCAGCCGAUGGAGUGCGGGUCUGGGAUUCGGACUCUCAAGUACCGUAUACGUACAGAAACGGAACCCGUGAUUGGAUUUCGUAUGACGACGAGGAAAGUGUUGCCAAGAAAGUACAGUUUUCCAGAGAAUUCCAGCUGGGCGGUGUCAUGGUGUUCUCUUUGGAUGCUGAUGAUCACGAAGGCGUGGUUUGUUCAGUUGGACGAAAAAAUAAGAAAAAGUUUCCAUUGUUGCGAAGGAUCGUGGCUGAAAUGCGGAAAACUUUUUGA